GAUUGUAUAAGUGAUUUGUUUAACCUUUAGCUGCUGGCAAUCUACUUUAUUCUAUGCUACUGCAAAAAUGUACGUGAUUUUGCCUUUUUUGAUACAUUCAGUGCUAAGCGCAAAUAUUUUGCAUAUUGCUACGAUUGGUAGCCGGAGUCAUCAUAUAUGGAAUCGUGCUCUCGCAAUUGGCCUAACCGAGAAAGGCCACAAUGUUACCCUGCUCACUCAUACAUCGGAAGACCAGAAACUGAAAAACUUCCAUAUUAUUUUACUGGAAGGUUUUUUUGAGAAAGGAUUUGAUGGUUUCAAUUUAGAUUCACUACCAGAAACAGACGCCCUUUCUGGUAUAAAAUUGUUGUACGAUUUCUCACGUUACUCAUGUGAGCACGACUUUCAAACAAAGGGUUUGAAAACCUUAAUAAACUACCCAAAGGAUUUUAGAUUUGAUCUAAUCAUUAUCGAUAUCACCCUACAGCAGUGCCUCUACCCAUUGAUCGACAGAUUUAACAAUCCACCGUUGGUGGCUGUUACACCUUUUUUACUUCCACCUGUUUUGGCGCAUAUCUUUGGCAAUCCCUUGCAAACUGCGUACAUGCCUUACUACAGUACAAAGUAUAGCGAUAAAAUGACCUUUCUGGAAAGAAUUAAAAAUUUUCUUCUCAUCCAUGCCGAAAUUUUGUAUAAACGGUAUAUUGGUACUCCAACGGAGUUAAAUUUGGCAAGAAAGUAUUUUGGUGAGCAUAUACGGGACUUUGAAGAAAUUGAAAGGAAUAUAUCGAUAUUAAUAAGUAAUUACGAUCACAUAUUAGGCUUUCCUUUGGCAUUAGCACCAAAUAUCAUACCAGCAGGAGGAUUGCAUAUAGCGCCAGUUAAACCGCUACCAAACGACCUGAAAACGAUUGCAGACAGCGCAAACGACGGUUUGAUAGUAUUCACAUUGGGUAGUUACAUAAGAUCCGAUCAGCUGAGUAUCACGAAAAGAACUGCAAUUCUGAACGCGUUUGCCAAACUUCCACAGACGAUAAUAUGGAAAUUUGAAAGCGAGAUAAAGGGUCUUCCCAAAAAUGUUAUUGUGCGCAAAUGGUUACCACAGAACGAUCUUUUAGGGCAUCCAAAGGCCAAAUUGCUCAUUACACAUGGAGGCGGACUAAGCACUCAGGAAGCAAUGCAUCAUGGAGUACCAGUCAUCGCAAUACCCUUCUUUUCAGAUCAACACGCCAACGCAGGAAAGCUGGUCAAGAGACAGAUGGCUAAAAUGUUGACGUACCACGAAAUAACAACGGAAAAAUUAUAUUCCGCAAUAAUGGAGAUCAUCGGCAAUCCCAUUUACAGCAAAAAUAUAAAGGAGUUGUCACUGAGGUAUAAGGAUCAGUCAGAAGAGCCACUAAAGAAAGCUGUUUAUUGGGUUGAGUACGUGUUACGGCAUGGUGGUGUGACGAAUUUAAGUUUGGCCUCGAGGGAUAUGUCGAUUUUUGAAGCAACAAGUUAUGAUGUUGUCUUGGUGGUGUUGUUAGGAUUGUACCUUUUGUACUCAUUAACUUUAUUUGUAUUUACUUGUAUCAGAUUUACAUAUCGCACGUUAAGUGGUAGGACGUAAAUUGAUUAUUGACCCAUUUUAAAUUAUUAUUAUUUAUAUUACAUAAAUGACGAUAAAGAACCUGUAGGACCUGAAAAUGAAAUGUCACAUACAAGUUGUAGAGAUACCAAGUAACUGUGUGAUAGUCCCUGUUUUUUUUAUGGUCCAGGAACGUUGGGUCGCCUACCUACACUUCUCUCCAUAAUGGUUUUUGAUUCAAGGAAGUACGAUGAGACCAAAAGAUUCUACGUCACCUUCCUAUAAUUCAACAGUCCUUCGUGUUUUUAAAGUUCUUUUUGCCUUGAUCAUCCACAAACGAAUGUUUUAAAAAGGAAAGUAUUUUCCUUUUCAAAAAUAAAAAAUUGAUCAAAGUCCUCGUGUGAGAUCGAAGGGACUUCAGCCACUUAUAUUUAAAAAUAGAAGUCGUAAAGUAAGUUUAUCAAAUAUAUUUACUGUUUUUUCAAAAAAAGACGUACGACAAUCGGCUUGUGGUAGGAAAAAUAACAUUAAAUAUAAUCUAUUAAGCAAUGACUAUAAGGCUUGUCGGAGGCUGCCGCAUUCCCUUUGAGGAUUUGACUUCACCACCAGUAAGAUCGUGUCUGGGGCUACCACGUUCCCUUUGUUGGUACCUACUUUCGAAUCCCCGUUCAGUCGCAAUUCGCGUUUGAAGAUUUGACUUUA